AGUGGUUGAAUGUUUGCUUGAAAGAAGAAGAAGAGGAGGAGGAGGAGUAGUAGUAGUAGUUAGCUAGGAGUUAGUGCGGUUUUCUAACGCUGAACCAAAGAUUAUGGCUGAGCCUCAGAGGAACGCGCGCUAACAUCCUGCCAGUACUUCUGGAUCAGAGCUAGCUAUUAGCUACAUUAGUAUUGACUGUCUCUAUUGGCAUAACCAACUCCCAAUACUACUACAUAGACUUGUCCAGACAAAACAAUGGCCUACAGGAGAGACAGAAACAUGAGGGAUGUCUACGAUGAACGCUUCCUACCAGACAGACCGGCCCCAUAUCCCAGAUCAGCUGGAGCAGGGCCUGUAGAGAGGAGGCCGGCUGGUUUCGGAAGGCCAGACGAGGAGUACAAUCGAGGGUUUGAGUAUGACGGGCCUCGCUUUUAUCCAAAUGGAGGCCCUCGAGGUUACCAUGGCGAGGAUCAAAGAGGCUACCAUGGCGACAGCCUUCAUUUUCCUAAUGAGCGCAGAGGUAUCCCACCUUCCCGGAGACCGGAGGAGCCGUACCCCUACCCUUCUAGACCACCUCCUAGAGAGGACCCCCAUACAACACGCCAGAUGGAGUUCAGAAGCAGUGGCCGUGCAGCACCCCCUCCCCCCAGCGUCAGGGCUCAGGGGAUGUACCCUGCACCCCGCUCCCUGUCUGCUGUGGUCCCAGAGGGGGGUGAUGACACCCUGAUGCAGGCCAUCCUAAACCUGGACAGAGGAAGGAAAGGCCCCUUGCCUCCCCUGAGAGCAGACGUCCCCCCCUCCCCCCACAGCCGGUCCGGCUCCACUGUCAGUAGCAAGAGCUACUCUCCUGACAGAGCCAAGGGUCUCCCCCACCCCGCCCAGCAGAAAAACAAAGACAGGCCCCCUGGUCAUUCUCAGGACGGGUCACCACAGAGCAUAGCGUCCACUAAGGAGGAGGCUCAUGUCCUAGAGUGGGACCGUGAGGAGGGCUUGCCCCCCAUCGAUGAGACCCCCAAGACCCAGGAUGACUUCCAGGAGCGCCGAGCGCAGGCCAUCGGAGCCAAGGCCCGGGAAAUAGAGCAGGUGUACCGGCAGGACUGUGAGACGUUUGGCAUGGUAGUGAAGAUGCUGGUUGCUAAGGACGCCAAUCUGGAGAAGCAGCUGCAGACUCCACUCCGAGAGAACCUGGGAGAGAUCAGGGAGCGUUGCCUUGACGACCUCAAGCACUUCAUCACCGAUCUGGAUCAGGUGAUUGAGGUCGUACGGCAACCGGAACCCUCCACCUGAGACAGACAGCCAAUCGCGUCCCAUCUUACUGUAAGGGAGCCAAUCAGGUCCAGUCUUUUUUUUGGGCCUCCGGCAUACAGUGAGGGCAGGACUCCCAGGGGUCUGCCAUGUGUUAAGACUGUGGAUAUCUUGAGCAGUAUUGGCCCCAUGUUUUCCCAUCUUUCUGGGUUUCAGGCCAGACGUGCACCAGGUGACCCAUAUGUACUGAUAAUGUCCAGCAGUAAUUAGUCAAUGUUGUCAAAAACAGUGUUCAAAGUUCUGUUCAGCUACUUCCUCACCACCCGAUGAGGGUAUUGGUUCUACAAUGUCCUUAACAAGUAGAACUGGUAUGUCAAUUUAGGUUCAUCUGGGAUUUACUGAUUUUAAAACUGUUGUUAACCAGUGUAACCAUAGGGACUGGUCAUCAGUGUUUUUUACUGAACUGGUAAUCUAAUGAUGAUGUGUGACGUGUUAUAGCUCAGUAUCCACUGGUACCACAAACAAUGCUCUGCUACUACAGUACCAGUCAAAGGUUUGGACACACCUACUCAUUCAAGGGUUUUUCUUUAUUUUUACCAUUUUCUACAUUGUCGAAUAAUAGUGAAGGCAUCA